GCCCAUUUGUCUUUGGGACCGAACACUUUAUUUUGUAAUCAUCAUACAAGAAAAAAAACCAACUUUUUCUUCAGAGAAACCAAUUACAUCAAAUCAAAUCAUCAACACCCAGAUGAAGAUUUGAAUCACACUUUCCAAAUUUUGUUGAAUUUUUCUUGAGAAGGUUGUUUUGUUGGUGGGUCAAUUACGCCGCGCGUUUUGGUUAGGAAACUUUCCGUUCUUCAUCUUCCAAUGGCGGCCGCUCCUUCAAAUCGCUUCGAUCGAAGAAGACCCCAUUGACCUCCGCCUCAAAAUUCCACAGUUUUUCCCCUCUCUGAUUUCUGUUCAUCUUCGUACCCCUCUUCAUCGACCCACGACGGAUGUUUCUGAACAGCGUUCUCCAAUUAUUUGUCUCUCUCUCUUCUCUUCGUUUCGUUGAUUGAUUUCUCUUCGUUUCCCCCAAGUUUCUCGAUCGGAUGAGCUCGGGCCGAAUGCUGGAGUUUUGAAGCACUGGAAACAAACUCACUGAUGGACAUUGACUCUCAGAGAAUCUUGGAGGAUUUUACUCAAUCCACUGACCAUGUUGUCAUGGACAGCGAUCAACGAGUUGACGAACAUGGAUCGGUUCAGCUGCCAACAUGUGCAUUUUGCCAACGGCUGCUAGUUCCCGAUAAUGAUUCCACCGCUGAACUUGAAGCAAUUAGUAUAUGUGGGGAUUGUAAAUUUUUGUUACUUGAAGAUAUUGAAACCCCUGUGCGGGAUUCUUAUCAUAGGACAACGCCAAGAGGGAGAAGAACAAGGGAUGGUAGUACAGAGUCUGCUGGAAAUCUUUUUUCACAGGAAUUCAGCCAUAUGAUUAACCUUGUGAGACAAAGUCAAGCCAGCAUCUCUGCAUCGAGUUCCCAUAUGACCCCUGAUCAAUCUAGAAGAUGGCGACAAGUAGACUCCGAUUCUGAAAUUGAUGGUUUAGAUAGUUUUGACUCCAUGUUUGGGGAGAGUGAAUCAAAUUUCAGUUUUGGGCCUUAUAGGCAUGGUUAUGGUGAUAGUGAUGUUUCCUAUAGAACGUAUGGGGGCGACUCUGAUGCGUCGCUGGAUGGACAAAGUUUCUUGGAUACGGACAAUUUUGUUCUGCCGGGCGAGGGAUCCGAUGUUGAUACUGAUACAGACAUUGAUCCCAUGCGUGCUGGUAUUAGCCAUUGGAACUCGAGCGAUGAGGAUGAAGAUCGUGGUGAAUUAACGGAAGCUGACACAGAGCAAGAUACACUUGAGGUAGACUCUACUGAAGCUAGAUCACAACUUCAAGGUUUUCAUGUUUCUAGUGCUACCAGGAGAGGUCACUCUGUUGAUCGGAAUGAACGACGUUCUUCACCGGGAUAUGAGGGUUCGGUUCCUGGGCGAUUAAGGAGGAACAGGCGAUUUUAUGCUAUCAAUGACUAUGCAAGAACAGAAGAAUCAGAAUUAAUAUCUUAUGUUGGGGAUUCUGGUGAUUAUCUUGACCGACAAGGCUUUGAAGAACUGCUUGAGCAAAUUGCCGAGACGACCAGCUCGAGACGUGGAGCACCUCCUGCAGCCGUAUGUAUCGUGAAAAAUCUCCCACGAUUGGUGAUUUCUGGAGAACAUUUGAAGCAUGACAGUAUCUCCUGUGCAAUUUGCAAAGAUUUCUUACUUGUAGGCGUAGAAGUGAAUCAACUCCCUUGUCUUCACCUCUACCACCCCUCCUGUAUCUUGCCAUGGCUGAGUGCACGAAAUUCGUGUCCCCUUUGCCGAUACGAACUUCCAACCGAUGAUCAAGAUUACGAAAAGGGAAAGCCAAGUAGUAACACUACUGCAGAGAUCCACAGACUUCAGCAUCGAGUAGUGGGUCCUGAAACUCCUGGUGACUUGAAUGGAGUCGGAGCAAAUGCAGAGUCCGAAAUGGGCCAAGGAGAAGAGCAGAGCAACAUAAACUCUGCAGUUAACAACAGUAACAAUUCAGGUAGAGAGGGAAGUAGAAGACGAUGGCUGUUCGUCGCUGCUCCGAUCGUUGGUCUUGUUGGUAUAGCCUUGAUGUUUUGGUUUGGCAACCCUCUAUGCGAUCAAAGAGUUUCGGGAGGUCGAUUUACAGACAGAAGGCAGCUCGGUGCUCGCAUUGCAGAUUCAUCAAACCAAAGAGAGAACAACAGAACCAGGAGAUGGUGGUAAAUUGUCUAGCCAUCGCCCGAUUCAGUUCGAAAAAUCAAAUUAACACGAGCUUUCUUGUUUUUGUUGAUUUCCAGGGAUUGGAAUCUGAGGUUUUCAGUAUGUAGUUCAGUGAAUUUUCAAAAUUUUAUUCAGUGUUGACAUAGAAGAGUUGGUCCUGAACCCUAAAAGCCAACUUCUGCCUUGCUUUUGGGCACAAUGGGGCAGUAAUAAACAGGUCAACUGGUUCAAUUGUGA